UUAGUUUUUUAGCUUGCGGACCGCAAGAUGCAACUACUGUCCACAUAGAAUACACAAAAUCUAUAUAAAAUUGUGUUAACCAAAGUUUGGCUUCGCGUCAGUUCAGUUUAAUAAUUUAUAUAAAUAACACGUUUUGAGUGUUAAUUAUAACAAAUAUGUCUGAGGAUCAAAGCCGUGGCCGUCGACGUCCAUCGCGAGAACAACAGGGCUCCGGGUCCCGUUCACCUCAAGAAACUUUACCUAGCAGCGCUGGAGGAGGCGAUUCGCGAAGGCGCAGAGAACGCGAACCAUCGGAUGAGCCGCGUCCGUCCAAAGUAUAUAAAAAAGAACCAAUUUCACCAGAUAGAAGUUCGACUUCAUCUCGUAAUGAAAAUUCACGUAAGGAACAACCAUCAACUUCGGCUGGCUCAAGAGGUGGUGGAGGAGACAGUGCGGAUGCCGGUGAUAACGCGUCAAAACGUGAGCGUUAUGAAAUUGUCCAUACACGUCCUUCCGAUAUCCAAACAAAAAUGGGUAGUGGAGGUGCACCAGUUACAUUACAAACUAAUUACUAUCGUUUGCUAACCAAACCAACAUGGCGCAUAUUUCAAUAUCACGUUGACUUUUCGCCGCCUAUUGAAUUACGGCGUGUUCGAGGUGGAAUGCUUUCAGAACAUCGUGCAACUUUAGGUGGAUAUUUGUAUGAUGGUACAAAGUUAUUUACAUCUUGUAAAUUAUCAGAAGAAAAAACUGUAAUUCGAGCAAAAUCUAAGUUUGGGGACAGCUACACUAUUGUUAUUAAGUAUGUUGGUGUCAUUUCAAUGACAGAGUGGCAAUCUUUGCAGAUUUUGAAUUUAAUUUUGCGUCGUGCCAUGGAGGGUCUCAAGUUGCAGUUAGUCGGCAGAAAUUUUUAUGAUGCGCUAGCAAAAAUUGAUUUGCGAGAGUACCGUUUGCAACUCUGGCCAGGCUAUCAAACAUCAAUUCGCCAACAUGAGAAAGACAUAUUACUUUGCGCGGAAAUCGCUCAUAAAGUUAUGCGAACUGAAACUGUUUAUGACAUUUUGAAGAGGUGUACAGAAACCGCUAGGGAUUUCGAAGAAGAGUUUCGUCGUAAUGUGUUGGGGCUUACAGUUCUCACUGAUUAUAAUAAUAAAACUUAUCGAAUUAAUGAUGUUGAUUUCAGCAAAAAUCCAACAAAAACAUUUAAGUGUAAAGAGAAGGAAGUGUCAUUCAUUGACUAUUAUUACCAAAAAUAUCAUAUUCGUAUCCGCGAUCAAAAACAACCGCUACUCAUUUCAAAAGCAAAAGAUAGAGCAAUGAGGGGAGGAAGCAGUGAUAUAAUAAUAUUGAUUCCUGAACUGUGCAGACCUACUGGUCUAACGGACACCAUGCGCAGUAAUUUUCAACUUAUGAGAGCUAUGGCGGAUCAUACGCGUAUGAAUCCUGAUCGUCGUAUAGAUCGCUUGCGAAUAUUUAAUCAAAGACUCCAACAGACAGAAGCCAGUGUUCAAGUACUAAACGACUGGAAUAUGGCCCUAGAUCGUCAUUUGGUUGAACUUAACGGACGUGUGUUGGAACCGCAACGCAUUGUAUUUAGCGAACACAGGAAGGAAUCGGCCGGAGUUCAAGCCGAUUGGACACGUUAUUUCCGAGAAAACGGUUUGUUUACAACUCCAUCUCGAGGACUAGAACGUUGGUCUGUUAUAGCUACGAACCGAAAUUCCAGAGAAUUGAGAAAUUUCGUUGAAUCUUUAAUACGAGCGGCAGGUGGUAUGCAGAUGAGAAUCAGUAGGCCACGAGAAAUUAUGUUAUAUGACGACAGGAAUCAUUCUUAUAUUCAAGCAAUGGAGGACUGUAGUCGUCAAGAUCCACAACUCAUCCUUUGUUUGGUACCAAAUAAUAACGCUGAGCGUUAUUCCUCAAUUAAAAAGAAAGGAUGCUUGGAGCGUGCCAUCCCUACUCAAGUAAUAACACAAAAAUCGGCCGGUAAUCAGCGUGGUCUAAUGAGCAUAGCCACAAAAGUCGCUAUACAAAUUAAUUGUAAGUUGGGCUAUACACCAUGGAUGAUAGAUCUACCACUAUCCGGUUUAAUGACAAUUGGCUAUGAUGUAGCUAAAAGUACACGAGAUCGUUCAAAAGCUUUCGGAGCAUUGGUAGCAUCUAUGGAUAUGAAAACAAAUGCUACCUUUUACAGCACGGUUGCAGAAUGCAGUUCACACGAUGUUUUGGCAAACAGCCUCUGGCCAAUGAUGACUAAAGCAUUGCGGCAAUAUCGCAGAGAACAUGAAAAUAAAUUACCAACCCGUAUUUUGUUCUAUAGAGAUGGCGUGGGCGAAGGUUCACUACGACAAGUGUAUGAGCAUGAAGUUAAAGAUGUUGUGGAGAAGCUCGACCAAGAGUAUAAGCGUUGUGGGUCAGAGAAACCUCCAAUGUUUGCCUAUGUUGUGGUAUCAAAAUCAAUUAACACGCGAUUUUUUAUGAAUCGUGGUCAGAAUCCCACCCCAGGCACUAUAGUCGAUGAUGUAGUAACAUUACCGGAAAGGUAUGAUUUCUUCCUUGUAUCGCAGUCAGUACGCCAAGGUACAGUGUCUCCUACAAGCUAUAAUAUUGUUUACAGCAAUAUACGACUUACACCAGAUCAAAUGCAACUUUUGACAUAUAAGAUGACACAUCUGUAUUACAAUUGGUCAGGAACUACACGUGUUCCAGCUGUAUGCCAAUAUGCCAAGAAGCUUGCAACUUUAGUGGCUACUAGCCUUUACCAGCCUCCUCAGAAUGCACUUGAGAAAAAGCUAUACUAUUUGUAAGAGAUUUGUAACUGACGAAGAAGUUCCAUUUUUGAUUUUUUUCCUUCCUUUAAACAUUAGUAGAAGUUUUUUGGACCAUUUAAAGAAUCCCAUGAAGAGAUUUUUUUUAUUUUUUCUUUUGACUAUAUACAUACAAAUGUAAUUCCAUUUAGAAUGUAAAUGAAAAUGUCGCAAUAUGUGUAUUAAAACGACGCAUUAAGGGAUAUGAAUCCAAAUGAAUUAACGAAGUAUGCAUAUACUAAUAUUGAAUGGAUUUUAUACAAACUAAAUACAUUCUAAUAAUUUUUGUUACCUUUAAAUGAAAAUGAAAUAAAAAUACCAUUUGCUAUAAUAAA